GGUGGAGGAGAGUCAGGUGACCGGCGCUUUUCAAAGUCUCCCAACUCGCCUCGCUUUCGUUUAUUGAUUCAUUUCCAAUUGUUCUUUCAUUCUAUUGUUCUUCUUAUAUUCAAACCUCCUCGUGGUUCCCCCUCCCCCCCGGAGUGCAGAUCUUUGUCAUGAUGGCUGCUCCUCCCCCUAGGCACUCCAACUCCUCCACUCCGAUCCGGGACAGCAGUAAUGCUAAUGCUCCGACCACAAGAGAUUCUUUCUAUCCCACCAAUGGCGAAGAAGAUGACGAUGAAGGGCUGGAAGAUGUGGACUAUCGGGACGACGAUUUAGACUCCGCCUAUGGCGACGAUUCCUUUAUCGGGGACGAUACCAAGACCAUGUCCUGUUAUAUCACCGACUAUCGCUUCGAGUUCGGCCGACGUUACCAUUCCUACCGCGAUGGCGCGUACUGGGGCCCCAACGAUGAAACCGCCAACGAACAACAAGAUGUCGCGCAUCACAUGUAUUACCUGACCCUCGAUGGAAAACUCCAUCUCGCACCCUUGAAGAACCCCCAAGAGAUCCUCGAUGUCGGCACCGGGACCGGAAUCUGGGCCAUAGAUAUGGCCGAUGAAUAUCCCAGCGCCAAGGUCACCGGAGUCGACCUCUCCCCGAUUCAACCCUCCUUCGUCCCUCCGAAUUGCGUUUUCGAGAUCGAUGAUAUGACCCUGCCUUGGACCUACUCUCCCAACCAAUUCGACUUUAUCCAUGUUCGGGAGAUGUUUGGCUGCAUUCCCGACUGGGAUGAGUUUUUCCGCCAAUGCUAUAUGUCUCUGCGGCCUGGAGGCUACGUUGAAGUGGUGGAACAUUCGGUUGAGCCGACCUCAGACGAUGGCAGCGUGGGACCAGACCAUUUCUACCGACUCUGGGGCGAGACGGUCGUGCAGUCCGGGGUCCAGUUUGGGAAGACCUUUACCAUCUGGAGCGAGAGCGCAGAGCGUCUCAAGCGCGCAGGCUUUGUGGAUGUGGUGGAAGUCGAUUACAAGUGGCCUAUGAAUGGCUGGAGUUCGGAUCCCAAAAUGCACGAACUGGGUCGAUGGAAUCAGUUCCGACUACACAACGGCGUGGAAGGUUUCAUGCUGCGACUGCUGACCUCGACCCUCGGCUGGCCGUACGAUCGCGCGCAAAUACAUCUGGCCCAGAUGCGAGCAGCGUUACGAGACUACAAGACCCGUGCCUACCUCCCCGGAACGGUCGUCUACGCUCGCAAACCGGGAUCAUCUGUGCUGUGCAGAGACUAAAAGUCGCGGGCGGCUUUUUACAAUUCCUCUUCUUCCUCUUCUUCCUCUUCUUCCUCUUCUUCCUCUUCUUCCUCUUCUUCCUCUUCUUCCUCUUCUUCCUCUUCUUCUUCUUCUUCUUCUUCUUCUUCUUCUUCUCUUGCAUAUCCCUUUAUGAUCAUAUUUUAAUCAUUCGGUCGGCGAGAGUCUGUUUUGUUGUUGGAGGAUUGCGUCUUCCAUAUAUAUAUACCCCUGAUGCAUACCAUGUCCGUCAUGAACUGUGCCAUACUUGAGCUGCCAUUUGUACUUAUACUAUAUUUAUGUUUUGCAUAUUUUUAGAUCUGAACAUUGACUGUACAGAGUGCUUUUCAAUCUCUUUCAAGACACGCGAC